AUGGAAGACAACACGAUAAGCAUGUUUAUGGAUGUGAAGCUGGAUAUCCGCGAGAGGAAACUGGAAUUUUCUCACAUGAAGUCUUGGUCGAGGUACUUUGUACGGGUAGAAGCCGUCAAAUGCUUCCCGUGUUAUAUGCGCAUCUCGUUCUUCACAUCACCCACCGAUCUUACCACCGAUCUAAUCGUGCGAAUCAACAUUCCCGGUCUCACCGUACAAAUGGCCACAUCCCGCACGAAACAACACUCGUACGGUCUUUUUUGGAAGAAUAAUCGCAAACGGUGCUGCGCUUACUUCGCGCUUGAAACGCAACUUCUUUGCGAGCGGCAUCUGCGCUGGAUGAAGAAAUCGAUCCGCAACCUUGAGCUAUAUCGGCAGGAGAUGAUGCAGUUGCGCCGUGCUAGCCGAACGCCGGUGUGUGAAAUACGGCAAGAAAUGCAACCGCUUGAUCCGCUUGCUGCCGGCGCGGCAAUAGCCGAUGGAGGAAUGUGUGAUGAUAUGGGCAUCUAUCAAAAUCUGGACAACACGCAGAAUAUUAUGGGCCUUCAGGAUAUACUUGGACCGUUGCCAACCGUUCCGAUAGUGGAGCGAACCGAACCGAAUCCGGCCAACUGGUCGAGACGUGUUUCGGGAGUGUCCGGCAUCUACGAGGAAAUUCGUGACGAUCUAGCUGCACCGCAUUCCCGUUUAUCCCGGGCUUCGAUCGCUUCCGGAAUCUACGAGGAAAUGAAACUGGUGAUCGCAAGUAGUGCGCCAACAAAGGAAGAGGUUGUCACACCGCCUCCUCCAUUGCCACCCCGCAAGCGUACGAAUACGAACGAUGGGUUUGAUCUGCAACGUUCGUACACGGCACCGGAAGUGGAGCUCAUGAAGAAAAAACGUCACCACUGGCUACGCUUAGAAUCGAUGUUUGGACGACGACGUACCACCAGUACCGAUUCCCAAGGCUCGGCAUCAGAUAAAAAGAACUCCAAUCGGAAGGAAUGCAAAUUGUUCACAACAAAACCAUCUGAAAAAGAAAAAACUGAUUCGGUAGUCCAUCGCGAUAAGGUGUGCCGGUUGCGUUUGGCCGAGAAUAAGCGCAACAGUUUCUCUAGUCCUGAUUUGAGCCGGUUGAAAAUAAGCGAAACACCCGAAGGUGCACGAUGUGAUGAUGGAGCGGGCAAUACGUCUUGCGACAAUCUGUCGGAUGGCGUUGGGUCCUGUACGUCGGAGUUUUAUCUUCAGCGAGAUAUCGACUACAUUGAGGAGGAUUCUUGCUUUGCUUCGUCUGAGUUUAUCAACACGUCCGGUAUGUCUCUUAUCGAGGAAAGUGAAGCGAACGUUGAACAAUACCCGGAAGGAUUCGGAGUGGUAAUGCCGGAUUUAAGGCGUUUGAACAUUUCCGAACGCAUUCGGGAGGGUUUUAAUCGUUCGGCAAACUCGUCCACGGUAAAUCUUGUGGGCUGUGUGGCUGCGAUUGGAGAAGAAGAGCUCGAGAUAGAGCAUGGUUCUACGAAAACGCAUAAUGUUGUGUGUCCUCCACCGAUCAGGGAUGUGGAUUUGGAUGGUUACCUUGAGAUGGGCCCGGUCGGUACAGGAUUUAAUCGACAGAAACUGUUGGACGAAGUUGUGAUGUAUAGAAAUAAUCCUGUGCCAUCGAUAACAUCAAGCGGAUUAGUUCCAAGUGUGCAGGAUGGUGAAGAAUCAAUCUAUAUGAAUAUGGGAGGAACGGAGAAGGUACUCCAAGAGCCGAUUCGAUCCAGUUCUACCAGUAGUACUAGUAGUACUAGCACUAACAGUAGCAGUGGCGUUAGUAGCGCUAGUGAACAUAGCUACGUUGCUGUGCUCGAUGGUAGUACAGGGAAGAAUCGUUGUUCUGUGGAUGAUAAAAUUUCUUCCUACUAUCCGAACGAAGAUUCGCUGAGAACGUCACCGAGCAACUGCAAGAGCAAAGGGACCAUUGAAGCCAGUCCAAUGACUCCACCCGCCACUACACUGCCAAGAACAGUACGAUCAGCCCCUCGAGCCACCGUCGAAUCGACGGUUGAACAAUAUGAUCGUAUCCAAGCAUCGUUCCGCACGCCGAAAGUGAGCAGUCGUCGAUUGCGUACAUCACACGGUGCACGAUUGUCUCCAAAGGAUGCUACCCAUCACGUUGAGUCUGCCUCAAGUGGUUCCGAGAGUUCACCGAAGCUGUACCAAAAGUAUGCAACCCUUGCACGUAUGUCAUCAUCACCUUGUAGGACUGUGGAGCAAGCUAAAAAUCCGCUCGAUGAUAAAGCACCGGAAAAAGGAAUUGUAACAACACCGGUAACGACGACACCGAUUAGUAAGCGAUUUGGAUCCUUGCCUCGCUUUGGCAAAAUAGAUCUUUCGCCGCUGAGGAUGAAAAUCAACAGUGUGCUGCAGCGACAUAACUCGGGCAACCUGUAA